AUGGCGGAGGCUAUCGGUGUUGGAGCAUCGGUCGUCGCAUUCAUCGGUCUAGCCGGCCAAGUUGCGCAAGGAUGCCAAUACAUCAGGACCCUCCUGGACGAUAUCAAAGAUGCUUCUGAAGACGUCCAGUCGUUACGCACGGAGGUGAAAAUAUUCCAGUUGACAUUAGAAACAUUCAGGAAUACGCUCCAAGAGCUUGCAGAUUCGGGGGUUGCAGUAGAGGCGGAUGCCCACGCACUCGCCACGAGGCUCGCUCUCUCCUACAGUGAGGAAGCCCUUGAGCUGUUGCAAGGGCUACUUGCUAAGACUAAGGAUACUGGACGUAUAUGGAGCAAAGUUCGAUUCGCAAGUGGGAAGAGCAAAUAUGCCAAACAUGUCUCUCGGAUAGAAAGGGCGAAGGGCUACAUUGAAGCGGCUCACGCGGGCAUUCUCCUAUCUUUACAGCAUCAGCAGGCACUCAAUGCCAGAGCAACUCAUCGAAGCUUGAGUGCUCUCACCUCGAAUAUCGAUACUACAACAGCGACCAUCUCCACACUCCCCCUCCGAUUCGAUGAAGUCAGCUCAGUCACAAAAGAUACAGUAUCUCAGCUGAGAUGCGAAUUCUCUCAGAGAUUACAUGAUCUCUCGACUGGCAUUAAUGCAAUUCUUCUGUCGAAUUUCACUGCCUUCACUACCAUCAUCUCCGAAACGCACAGCAGAGUUGAGGAAGUCCAUCACACAGCUCAAGCUACACAGUCAGCUGUUCAAGACUUGAGAUCAGUAUCUGAAGGUAUGCGAUGGCUGCCCAUGAGAAUGGGAGAAGUUGUGAAAGAGGCAUUUCGGGACGUGCUUGUGCAAUUUUAUGAGGACAGAAGAACAUUGGAUGGUCAGACUUUUGGACAGCAAGAUACUGCUGGAAUAUAUCAUCUAGCUUCUCGCGGUCGGUCAACUCGUAGGAUCGUGUCCCAACACACUUCCACACGCACCUAUAUACGAGCUGUCGGUAUUAUCACUGUCCACUCCAUAACAACGACAUUUUGCGAACGCGAGAGCCCUGGGACAGACGAUCGCAUCACAUCAACAGUGACUCACUAA